CCAGCCCUGCAUCCUCCUCUGCUUCCAGUGCUGACAAAGGCAGCCCUCCAGCCUGCUCAGCAUUCGGCUCCCAUUGCUGGGAGCUACCAACUAAGGAGCCCAGCUCGGCAGCUGGGAGCAUCCCAGUCUAGUGUCCCCACUAUCCUGGCUCGUCGUAUGAUUUCUCCUAAGGGAUAGACACUGAGCUGGGACUGCGUCUCCAAGCUGAUCCUCUGCUGAUAAGCGGGCUGCCAAGUCUCCAGUGCUAAGACAAAAGAGUUUUUCUCUUCCUAGCCAGUUUUGCUGCUGUGAAUGACAGAGGAAGAGGGAAAAGCAAGCUGCCUGGCACUCCUCGUGGGCGAGAGGCUACAGGGCUCCUUCCCCCUCACUGUUCUGGCAGACCAUGGAGCUUUUCAGGCUGAGCCUGGGGUGUAUUUGCCUCCUUCCUUGGCUUGAGGUAGCAGAGGGACAAGGCUUCCUCAUAAGGAACACCCGGAUGGAAAAGUGCAUUCGUGUCUCCCACCACGAGACCAACAGCAUCAGCCUGACUGACUGCAAGGUGCACUCCCAGCAGCAGCAGUGGAGCUGGGACCCUGCCACCAGGACCAUUGUCAGCCUUCAUACAAAGCAGUGCUUGUCGGCCCACAAGAUGCAGGAGUAUGCUCUGGUCAAGAUGGAGCCUUGCGGGGACUGGGAACGCCAAGUGUGGUCCUGCAGCAAGAAGGGACACCUGACUCUGCAGAGCUUGGGCUUCCACCUCAGCACCAAGAAAGGAGGCCAUAAGGUCUUUGUCUCAAGGGAGAAGGACAAAUUCAGCAGGUGGAAGACUUUAGCAGAUGGAACCAUCUGUGCUGCUGCCUGGACAGCAGCUCCAAGGCCCAACAAACCAACGCAACCAGCUGUAGGCACACAUGUGUGGAUCUAUGAAACUAAAACCAUCGACUCAUCAAAGAUCAAUGCCAUGGACAGAGGAUCUUCUGUGAGCUUCACUGACCCACCUCUGGCUAACAAAUUUAACAGCACAGUGUCUCCAGCGAAGACCAAGCAGGCAUACUUCCCAGCAAAUGAAGAUGUAUCCCACAAUCACUCUAAAAAGCACCAUGGAAAUCGAGGGAAAAAUGCUGGAGCCAGGCUUGCAGGCACCAACUGGAAGACAGCCAUGCUGGUCCUCAGCCCCUUGGCAUUCAUACUGGGAUUAAUAAUACUGACACUCAACGUUCAUUACAACAAGAAGAAGAAAAUCCUCUCUGCUCUGAAGAGCUCCCCAGCCAACAGCAGCAGAGCUGACUUGCGGGAGCAGUCUCCCUUACGAAGAGGUCCCCAGCCAUACCUUCCACCAUCACGCUCCCCUUCCUUGAGGCGUGGAGAGAUCCUCAUUGAGUGGAAAGAUGGGACUGUCACUCCUCUUUUUGAUAAUGCAAAUUAUCAAACAGACUAGCUCCAUUAUAAUGGAGCUGUUGUUCCAUCCUGUGUCACUUUUCCAACCAGGCAGAGUGGCACCAUAGCCAAUCACCUCCCUGGUCUUGCUGUUUUGACAGGGAGUUGUAAGCGCUGUUUGGAUUUUUUUUAACACUUGAAAACAAUCUCCUUGCACAGCACGAGGUUGAAGCAAGCAGAGCAGAUUGUUUGGUUCGUAUAGGCACACGCUGCUUAGCUCUUCCAGAGCUGAUUUAACCCGUAACAAAACCCAGACUGAGCUAAAUCAAGCUGAGACGCUCACCAGCUGCAACUGUCCAUUGCCCUGAAAUUCUAGAGUUACUGAGCAUAUAAGCCUUGGAGGCAAGGUGUAAGGUGAAAAACAGAAAUCCUGAUGAUCCUUAAACCCUUUUUAAGAUAAAACUAGCUGCCAACAGACAGAAGGUUGUCAAGUUACUUUGUCAAUGUGGGAACAUAACUAAUAAGCGCUGCAUUCGGGACUCAAAAAGAUUAAAGUCUCCUCCAGAUACCUGCCAAAAUACUCCCCCCACUAAGUUAUCAAUUAAGUAACAGCAAGUCAUUUUUCUAACUUAAAAGGUAGCACUCCAUUGUCCUCUCUGCAUCACCGUAAGAGUCCAGCUGACAGAAUAGGUCUCUCUCAAAAUACUUCCAUAUUUAGGACAUAUUAGACCUUACACACUCUUUCUUUACAUAGAAUGACAAGUAACAUCAGUGAUACUUGUCAGGGAUACAUUAUCCAGCCCUUUUUACACCAGCCUCUGAUUUCCUAGCCAUAUGGAGCAGUCAGUGAACAGAUAUAAUGCUCCCACCUAGAGCAGGAAUACAGUUCUUUUCUAGAAAGGAAUACGGCACUGUUUUCAGCCUUCACACUUGUUGUUUUGAGUAUAAUUAACUGUGACCACCACGCUCAAUCCUGAUUUUUUCUCAGUGAAACUAGCAAUGUCUUAGUGCUUUCCUAAUAUUAAUGGAUUUAUGCUUUCCUUCUCUCUGAUCUUGUGAUGAUGUAAACUGUAAUCAUGGCUAUAACUCAGGAUUUAUUUGAAGAAAGAAAUACUAACACCAGGAAAUUACAAGUAUGAGCUGCAUCAGUAUAUUUGUUCAGUAGAGCAAGGGAAACCAUAUCCUAACCUCUGAUUACUCAAGACUUAAACAACGCUUUUCAAUUUACCCAAAUUAAGUUGUGCUAUUUCAGUGGAGCUUGAACUUCUCUAGAGGUUGAUUUUAUUUAACCUAAGCCAGAAAUGGGGUCUCCAGGGAAUUUAAAGUCUCUGAUAUUUUUUUUUUUAAACAUAUAUCCACAGCCUGGUAAAAUGGCUAACUGCCAUGUGAUAAUAUUAUGACCAAAACCUUAAUUGGUCUCAAGAAAGAAAAUAGAAACCUUAUUGGUUCAGGGGAUAAAAAUCAUAGAGGUUAGAAAUAAAUGUCUUCCCCAGGCAGAUUAUUCCACUGGAAGGCUUCCCACAUGCUCCUUGGGAAAAUAUUUUACUACUAGACAUGGGCAGAGGAAGAACUCUUUCUCCACCAGUGAGCAGUGAACACAAACAAGAGUCAGAAUUAAAUUCUGAGCUUCCAAUUGUUCCACUUUAGAACAAAUCCAGAGAUUUUUAGGACAAAUUUCCAAAUGUGUAAGCAUCAUUUUACACACAAAAUUUGUGGGAAUACAUUCUGUACUUUCUCUCAAAUGUACAGCUCUCUCAAAAUGCAGUGCCUCACCAGUUCGCACAGUUACGUCCCUUGCACCUUUUUCUACAACAGUUAAGAUGCCCACAUUUGAAAUUCUGACCAAGGAGCACAUCACCUUACAAUGCACUUACUACCCUCCAAAACCUUGACACACUUUGGAAACACUGUGUAUACAGUGCCAUUAAAACGGAAAUACUCGGAGUUCAGCUACUGUUGUGCUUUCCAAAGCAGCAAGUGCUUAUGUUCAUUACUGCUGAAUGGGCAGAACAGAUGACUUGCUAAUGACUCUCUAUAAUUCAUACUUAAUAUGCCAAUCUUGCUUAUAAACAUGAAGGCAGUAACACCAUUGUUUACAUAGCACUGAUUAAAUGGUAGAUUAAACAAUAAUGAAAAAAGUGAACCAACACAGGCUUUUAUCUAUUUUCUCCCCCUCUCUUUUACUGGUUGCUAUCUUUUAUUUACUGCUCAUUGGUUUACCUACAUUAAAGGCUAUAAACCAAAUUUUCCAAGGUAAGGACAGAGGAGCUGAAGGUAUGAGUGGCACAGUAGCCAAACAUCCAUCAGGAAAGACUCCAAAACAGCUGACUCUGCCUUGGGGCUGGAGCUGGUGACAGUGGGAGACACCUUCCAUCCUCUGCUUCUAAAAUAGGUGAGAAACAGAGCAAUCGCACAGCCUAUGUGCCGUUCACUCUGCCAUCACCUGAAUGCAAUGCUUUUGAACAAUGCUCAUAAUCAAAAUAAAACUUGACUGUAAAGUGAAGGA